GUAUUGGGUUGCUGAGCAGGCUUGAUACCGAGUCCCGAGAAUCUGAACGCGGCUCCAUUGAAACGUUUCUCUGUGACUGCAGCUUGCGCUCUCCUUGUGUGUUCUUAGAUGACCACAGCAUCAGUGAGUUGGAAGAAGGCUCAUGGGGCUGAGGGCCAGGCAGUAUCCUGGCUCCCAACUGUAGACAGAUGGGCUUCUGUAGUGCCCGGGACAAAGAGCCAUCAGUACGUGGGAAUGCCAGAGCUGAAGAGGACCCAGCAUGACUACUAACCUAUGACUCCUAACAGUAUGACAGAAAAUGGCCUUCCAGCCUGGGACAAACAGAAGCCCCAUCCAGACCGAGGCCAGGACUGGAAGCUGGUAGGAAUGUCCGAAGCCUGCCUGCACAGGAAGAGCCAUGUGGAGAGGCGUGGUGCACUGAAGAAUGAGCAAACAUCCUCACACCUCAUCCAGGCCACUUGGGCGAGCUCUAUAUUCCAUCUGGAUCCAGACGAUGUGAACGACCAGAGCGUCUCAAGCGCCCAGACUUUCCAGACGGAAGAGAAGAAAUGUAAAGGGUAUAUCCCCAGCUAUCUAGACAAGGAUGAGCUCUGCGUAGUGUGCGGGGACAAAGCCACGGGGUACCACUAUCGCUGCAUCACCUGUGAAGGCUGCAAGGGUUUCUUUAGAAGAACCAUUCAGAAAAGUCUCCAUCCAUCUUACUCCUGUAAAUAUGAAGGGAAGUGCAUCAUAGACAAAGUCACCCGUAACCAGUGCCAGGAAUGUCGCUUUAAGAAAUGCAUCUAUGUUGGCAUGGCAACAGACCUGGUGCUGGAUGACAGCAAGAGGCUAGCCAAGCGGAAGCUGAUAGAAGAGAACCGUGAGAAGAGACGGCGGGAAGAGCUACAGAAAUCCAUUGGGCACAAGCCAGAGCCCACGGAUGAGGAAUGGGAGCUCAUCAAGACGGUCACCGAGGCCCACGUGGCCACCAAUGCCCAGGGCAGCCACUGGAAGCAGAAGCGGAAAUUUCUGCCUGAAGACAUUGGACAAGCACCCAUUGUGAACGCCCCGGAAGGUGGCAAGGUUGAUCUGGAAGCCUUCAGCCAUUUUACAAAAAUCAUCACACCAGCAAUCACCAGAGUGGUGGAUUUCGCCAAAAAGUUGCCCAUGUUUUGUGAGCUGCCGUGUGAAGACCAGAUCAUCCUCCUCAAAGGCUGCUGCAUGGAGAUCAUGUCCCUCCGAGCUGCUGUGCGCUAUGACCCAGACAGCGAGACUCUAACCUUGAAUGGGGAAAUGGCAGUGACACGGGGCCAGCUGAAAAACGGGGGUCUUGGGGUGGUGUCGGACGCCAUCUUUGACCUGGGCAUGUCUCUGUCGUCUUUCAACCUGGAUGACACGGAGGUUGCCCUGCUUCAAGCCGUCCUGCUGAUGUCUUCAGAUCGCCCAGGGCUAGCUUGUGUUGAGAGAAUUGAGAAAUACCAAGACAGUUUCCUGUUGGCCUUUGAACACUAUAUCAAUUACCGGAAGCACCAUGUGACACACUUUUGGCCCAAACUCCUGAUGAAGGUGACGGACCUGCGGAUGAUUGGAGCCUGCCACGCCAGCCGCUUCCUCCACAUGAAGGUGGAGUGCCCCACUGAGCUCUUCCCGCCUCUGUUCUUGGAAGUAUUUGAGGACUAAACGGACUGGACAGGUUCUUGUCAUUCCUGCAGCACGACUGGGUGUCAUUGCAUUCCACCUGUAGCUCUUUCUGUUGUCGUUUCUUCGUUUCUUUGUGUCAAGUGAGAUCAUCAGAGGGUCAGCGGGUCAUCAGUGGCAUAGACUUGGACGAAGUGGUCCUUUGAAUGUGGGUCUUUGUAACCAUUGCGUUUCGUUCUCCAGUCCUUAGUGUGACGGCUUUGAGGGGUUUACAGCAGUGCAGGCCGAGUGGGGGCGAUCAUCUCACCAGCACCACGUCGUCGUCACCAGCUCCCAUCUGUCCCUGGGCAGACUCAAGCAAGCCAAAUGGCAUUACAGAAGACUAAAGAAGCCUUAAAACCGAGACGACAGUCAUCUUGAUCCAAUGCGAUCCAGUUCUGUUGUUUGUAAGGUGAAGCUGGCAGAGCUCAGGCCACUUCGGGUUGGGCGUGGCUUUUGGCACGUGAGGGGAGGAGCCGUUCCAGCUUCAGGAACUCACAGCUACUCAGGAGCUUACCGCUUCCAGCACCCUUACUCUCCAAGCAGGCUGACUUGGAAUGUGCAGGAUACCCACACCAUAACAAAUCAACGUUACUUUCCAUGGCCUUCUGUAACCUUGUGAUUUACUUCAAGUUGCGCAAGAGUAGAACUUGGAGACUUUGACUGGUUUGAGGCCACAAGGAAAGUCUCCUUUUCAGGAUGCCCGUAGAGCUUGGAAAUCUUCAUCCAUGUUACAGCAUAGUUUCCA